AUGUUGGUGCUAUAUGUGUGUGAGAAGCUAGAGGAGGUUUAUGGUGUAUGCUGCUCUGCAAAAGACGUCCUUAAUCUAGACUCCAGCACCUCUGAGAAGUUUAGUCGCCAUCUUAUCUUCAUGCUUCCCAAUGCUGCAUUCAAAGACAACUCUCAUGUAGGGCGAUUUAUUCUUGAUAUCCUACAUCCUGCUCUAAAAAGACUUCAAAAAAGCAAUCCAGAGGCACCUACAACAGCAGUUUGUCCAAGAGAGAACAGAGAUGAUGUGGACGGUUCUCAGGCCAAGAGAAGAAAGUAUGAAGAGAAGGAUCUUGACUUUCUGAUAGUGAAGAGCAAAAAUGGACAAAAACAACUUUUUGUUGACCUGGGUGUCUACACCAAGAACAGAAACUUCCGUCUCUACAAGUCCUCCAAACUGGGAAAGAAUGCAGCCUUCUGUGUGGCAGAAGACAACAAGUUUGUCCCAAAGCCCUCCAAGCACACCACAAAAGAAGAACGCAUAUUUCUAGCUUCUUUAAUCACCAAUAUCAGUUUCACAGGACAGAGGAUUUUGACGUAUGAUAAGCCACAGAAGAGUGCAGCAGGACCUCAGUGUUCGACCCUUCAGAGAGAGUCACACAGCUCUGAUCUGUUGGGUGAACAGAAGCAGUCUCCAUUUAAAGAGGUGGAUGAAUUUGUGCUGACACUCGUGUGCAAGGAUGGUAUUCAAGGAAGCAUCCGGCGAUGGAACUACUUUGCAUCUGAACAGCUGCUGGUUUAUGAUAUUGAGAAAUUCCGCUGGUGCCACAAUGUGAAGCGCUUUCACAAGAGCAACAACAUCAUAAUUGUGGUGGACCUCAAAGAAGAAGUGUGGUAUCAGAGAUGCCAUGACCCUGAGUGCAGGAGACAGAACUACAGAUCCUCCAGCUUCCCACUGCCUCAAGAGGUCUGCAUGAGCCACCUGCUGAUGGAGGAUGAAGAGGAUCAGGCAUAUAUAACGGAUGAACUGGGGAACAUUGAGCUUGCUCAGAGCUCCGUAGCCACGACUGAUUCAGCAGAGUCCUCCUCGGCUCCUCAGGCUCAGGAUUGGGGAGAGUGGCCUGAUGACCCUGCUUACCUGGAAGCUCUGCAGGAAGUAGAAAGGGCCACUGAAGAGGUACCUGAUGAGCUUCUGCUCCAGGCAGUGACUGAGUGUGAAUGAAAGUCUCUGGAGGGAGGGAUGUCAUGUGAAUGUCUUUAUUAACCGACUAUAGUGCAAUACCUGAAGUUCCUUCUUUAUUUCUAUGUAUUCAUUAAACUGUAAAAUAGGUGCUUAAAUUCUG